AUGAGGGAGGUUGGUCCGAUUGCGACGGUGCCCUCGUCGAAGGAGGUGGCGAAGCGAGGGACGUUCUUGAAUUCGCCUAAGCCGUCGACGAUGAAGUUGUUACGCACGUUGGUGAAGAAGAAGGAGGUGAGUGAGGAGGUGGCUGCCCAGCGUUGGGCGGAGGUGGUGUGUGAAUUGUUUUCAGCUGUGACGGAUAUGACGUUGUUGUUGGAGCGGACGGGAGUCUUUCCUUUCGUCGUGUUUGUGAACCCGAAGAGCGGUGGGCAACUUGGUUCCUUAAUCCUCAAGGAGUCGUACGCUUACCUGAACCCAUGGCAGGUCAUUGACCUUUCUAUCGAAAAGAACCCUGUCGAGGGCCUCUACCGUUUCCAAGGCUUGGCCAUCACCGGCAGACUGCGAGCGAUCGCCUGCGGUGGAGAUGGCACGGUUUCCUGGGUCAUCGAUAGCAUUAACACCCGCUUCGCCUCCAUUCCGUCCUACGCUACGCUCGCCAAGCUCUACCAGAUCGCACGAAACUACCUGGAAGAAGUCAACGUUGAAGGUGGGUGUGGUCAACCGGGAGGCGGUAAAACGGGGGACGCCAGCCAAGAUCGGAAUGAUACGCAAAGUCGAAAUAAGACCAGUACUAAUCAGAACAUCGUCAAGAGCCUGGAUACCCAUCUUCAUCAAACCAGACAUCCCGGACCAGACAUGUCGGACCGGGAACAGGCAGAGAGGCCGGUUCCAGACUCACUGCUACCCGUCCAGAAUACGUCGACUGCCAUGAUUAGCGGACAAGUCCACGGUGAGCAUUCACCGACGGGUACAGAGUCCGCUGCCGAUGCGCCGCCGGCUGAGACGCCAUUGCGGAGACUGAAGGAAGCGUUGAAAGAGACGAAGUGGGAGGCCGUACAGGUGCCAGUGGCCGUGUUGCCUCUGGGGACCGGGAAUGACCUAAGCAAGGUGCUGAAUUGGGGCGCCACCUUUUCGAAUCACAACGACUACUUGUCCUUCAUGCGAAAGUUGAUAUUCGGUCGUCCGGCAACAUUGGACAUAUGGGAUCUCGAGGUUUACAAAUCUCAAAAAAAAACCGUUCGCAAGACGGCGGUCCCGACUGAUGGGACUGCCGCUGAGCGGCAGUCAUCUGCUGUUGGCUCUGGUCUUGGGUUGACCCUCAGUUCGACUGUUGGCUCUUCGACUAUUGGCUCUUCAGGCCUAGGUUCCUCGGCCAGCGAAGUACCUAGCGGACCCCUGGACUGGAAACUGGGUAGUUUAUCCAGCCGUAUAUCAAGCCGUAUGUCGGGUGUUGGAACGUCUGGGCCGGUAAAAUCGUCCGUGGAGGCUGUGGAGGACGCAAUGACGGAGUCGAGCUUGAUAAGUCGGCGAAGUUUUACCAAUUAUAUCGACAUCGGAAUCGCAGCACGAAUUGCCCUUAAGUUCCACACCUUACGAGAGGCACAUCCAGAGUUAUUUCGCUCCCGUCUGGGUAACAAAUUUCUAUACGGUGAAGUUGGCGUCCGGGACUACCUUGUGGACCAAAGUGUGAAUUUGGAAGGGAUCGAAAUAUUUUGUGAUGGACAAUUGGUCGACCUGGAACGGCACUUGGUGCAGGGCGGACUCGAAGGGCUCGCUUUCGUCAACAUCGGAUCCUUUGGAGGCGGUGUGGAGCCUUGGAAAGGCGUCCGAUCACAUCACUCAUCGAAGAAACGGAAAGCUCGGAAAACAACUGGACCUGGAGCGGCUGGGGCUGGACAUUGUGGGACUGGACCCUCUAGUGCCGGGCCAUCUGGUGUAGGUGGCUUCUCCGGUGCUGGAAUGAACCGAGCGGCCAGCGGUGACCUUGUCGGAGCAGCAUCAAGCGCCAUGAUGCCGCCUUCAGCUGGGUCGAUAGGAGGCCAGUCAUCGGGAGGUGGCUGGGAGUCCUCCGUGGAAGAGACUGAAAGCGUUCACCUGUUGGAUUCUACGCCCAAGUGCGAUACGACACCUAAAGAGGCCCUCCUCCAUAACCGAUUCCCUUUAAUACCUCCAAGUGGUGGUCAAUCAGGAGGUCUAUCGGGUGGUCAAUCAGGUGGUGGUUUACCGGGUAAUGACGGUGCCCCUGGAUUGAAUCGAAUGGGUUCUCCCCGAACUGUCAUGCUUCAGGAGGAGACGGGCUUACGGCCUAUCAGUGAGGGGCGCUACUGGACGACUGGGAACGGCUCGGUUGCGGAGCCACCGCAUACAAGGUUUCGGCCGCAGCGUAUGGCGGAUGGUAGAAUUGAGUUGAUAGGUUUCCGGUCUUUACUCCAUUUGGGUAGAGUACAGGUGGGCAUGGCCGACAGUGUGAAAAUAGCGCAAGGUAAAAGCUUCGUGAUCUGCAUCAAGAACAAAGUGCCAUACCAGGUGGACGGAGAGCCUUCCACCAUCUCGCAUGCAGUGUGCCGUAUCAAGUGGAAGUGCCGCACAACGGUCCUGACUUGUUCUUCGCCAAUUGAAACCGUCUCCCAAACACGGAGACGAUUUGAUGAGCUAGAUGAGGUUAACGAACUGCAAAUCAACUUAAAGCUGGAAGAUGUUCGAAAGGCUCUGGAGAAGGCUGCAGAAGCAGGUGAAAUUAGUGACCAGCAAUACACUACAUUAAUUCGCAGGUUCCAAUACCUCAGCUAUCCACAACUGGCGUCUUUCUAA